CUCAAACAGAAAUGCAGAACUGCUGGGGAAACGUUGCGUGUGUCUUGCACAUUAUGCAUCCUGACAAAUGCAUUUAAUGACGAAAAAGGGGCAUUUUGUUAUUUAAAGAAAACCACGGUUCAAGUACUGGUUGACGUGUACGGCGGCAUGAUGUGCUUGAUCUAUUAGUUGAUAACUAGCAGCUAGCUAGCUCAAUUCAGUACAGUAGCUAGUUAGCAUCUACUCCGCUGUGUCUGUGUAGAGACAGAAUGUGAUGGGGACUUGCUGGACUCAGUGUUGCAAGAUAUUUCGGAGGGAAGCUAGCAGGAUCCAGAGAGGAAGAGGGUCUAAGUACUUCAGAAGUAGUACCCCCGGAGAGCAUUACACCAUAGAGUUUGAGAACCUUGUGGACAGCGAUGAGGAGCAGAGCCCGCAAAGCUGUGCACGAGCGAUCAGCGAGGAGGAGAUGGGCCACCUGAAGGCACUCCGUUAUGCCGCCAUCUCUGACAAGCAGGCCGCGCUGGACGAGAAGCUACGGGCAGAGUUAGCAGCUCAGGAGGAGCAGCUCAGACAGGAAGAGGAGGCGCGUUGCACUGCCCAGCGCCUGGCUGCCAGGGCAGCGCGUGAGUGCAGACUGAAGGAGCAAUUGGCACAGAGGGUGAGAGUAAGACCUGUGGCUGAAGGCAUCGGAGGUGGCCAGAAAACGCUGACCGCGAGGGCGGCCUUUGAGCCCUACCUGCAGAAUGUGAAGGCCCGGUCAGAGGCAUUCAGGAGCAGCAGGCUGUCCUCAGAGAACAAUGGGGCCACACCAAACACAGAGAGCAGCUGUGACUUCACCAGCAAGACACGGUCCAGCAACGAUGAUGCCACUUCACUGGAUCUGGAGUGGGACGAUGAGGAGGGGAUGACCCGGAUAGUGCCGGUGCGGGAGCGGUCCAGGACGGAGGAGGACAUCCUGCAGGCAGUACUCCGUCUGGCCCGGAGGCCAGCGGGCAGCGGGCCCACAUCCACUUCCGAGGACUCCACUGCCCUGGAGUGGGAGAAUGACUUCAUCAGCGCUCACGUCCACGACAGCGGAGGUGACUCCGAAUAUGACGGAUUUGUCAACCCCGUCCUGGACACGCCCUCUGGGGACGAAGCCACAGGGAGCUCCAGCCUGGAGAUGCAAGACAGAUAGUCACAAGGAGAUCAGAGGGAUGAUGUCCCAAAUAAGAUGAUGCUUGAAAAGCACACAGGCACACCCAAAGGAGGUGUGUAUAAAUUGUGGAGGCCCUAUGAUGGGUCUUGGUAUGUCCUGCAAAACACCUUACAUACAGUUAAUUUAAAAAUGAACAGGAAAACAUUUGACUUUUCCCUAAAAAUGUGCAUUUAUAAUUUAAAGCUCCUUUUAGCUAUCCCUGUAAAAUGGUAGCUGUAGGGCAGCUGUAGGAACUCUGUGCCACACGAACCUGCCGGCUCAGAGCAGUGGUAUGGGCAUAUAGAAGAUGCAA